AUGGACACUAACAGUCAAACAGAAAGUACACCACUCACUAGUUCUACGACCAGAACGUACAAUAAAGGUGUUCACGGUCAAAGAAACGAAACGACACAGCGCAUUACAGCUGAAGUCCUUCGUAUCUGUAAAUGGGAGAAUCCAGGUCGUUCUGCCAUCCUACUUGUUGGUUUAAUAGCUUCUAUUAUCUUGACCCAGCGCCACUCUUUAUUGCAAAUUAUCACAGGCUCUUUGACUAUUGCCAUCACAGCUAAUCUCAUCUAUGUAUUUGGAGCCCAAUUCAUGCAAACUGUCGUCUCUGAUCGCCCAAGCUCUCAUCCAUGGAGCAAUGUACUGGAAGACAAGGAUACGGAUUUGCUGAACAAGGAAUCUGCUGUGCACUAUAGCUCCAUCGUUGUUGAUGUAGCAGAGACUGUAGCCAGAGCUGUUACUCGUAUUGUGUUGAUUGAGGAUAGAAAUACAAGCUUGAAGUGGUUGGCCAUCUUCUUCACAACAUGGAGAAUUUCAGCUUACGUUCCAAGCCGUAUUCUGAUUUUGUUGUUUAUCAUCUCCGCGUUCAUUUUCCCUCGUCUGUACAUCAGCAACAAGGAUUUGAUAGAUGCCCGUCUGCACCAAGGUCAGGCCAUUUUGAACAGCCAAAUCCAGCGCACGCAAGAGUUUGCUUCUGCCAAGAUUGCUACUGCUAAAGAAGCUACGCAGACCUACGUCGACAAGACCAAAUCUGCUGUUGAAUCUAAAACCAGCACAAGCUCAAAUGUUGGUACUUCUACCACAUCAGUUCCUUCUCAAAAACUUGAUUAA